AUGCCUAAAGGCAAGUGGAUCGAUAAGAAGACGGCCCAGCACUUCACGCUGGUUCAUCGUCCGCAAAAUGACCCGCUGAUCCAUGACGCCGAUGCACCGUCUAUGGUGCUGAAUCCCACACCUCUUCCUAAUGCUUCCAAAGUGAGGAAGCUCGAUGACCUUGCAUCUGAGCUGGGAUCUGACGCCGAACACAUCCGUGCCAACGAGGGCGAGGCUGCCAAUCAUGGCGUUUUCUUCGACGAUACCGAGUAUGACUACAUGCAACAUCUGCGCGACCUAGAUUCUGCUGGAGGCGGGGAGGUUGUCUUCAUCGAAGCAGACAAUGGACCUAAAAACAAGGGCAAGGGAAAGCAGAAGCAAAGCUUGGAGGAUGCGCUGAGAAAACUAGACGUUGCGGAUGAGGAGCGCAAGCGCGAUGAUCUUUUCGGUGAUGAUUUCUUGCCAUCUAAGAAUCUUCAACAUAUAACAUACCAAGCGCAACAAGAAAUCCCCGAUGCCAUCGGUGGGUUCCAACCGGAUAUGGACCCCCGACUGCGCGAGGUACUAGAGGCGCUUGAGGACGAGGCAUACGUCGAUGACGACGAGGACGUUUUCGCACAGCUUGCGAAAGAUGGUCGGGAACUGGAAGACAUGGAAUUUGAUGUAGACUUUGACGAAGACGAAGGUUGGGAAUCGGACGACACCGCCAAGCCGACUAAGGAGUACAAAGACCGCUCCGAAGUACCUGAUCUAGUCCCUACUAUAAACGAUCAGGACGGAGAGGUGGUUAAGAAUGAAGACUGGCUAGACGACUUCAAGAAGUUCAAGAAGGACCAAGGGAAGCCCGGCGCAAAGGUAUCCUUCGCAGUCGCACCAUCACAGUCAGAGGUGCAAUCAUCUCUCAUGACAACCACCACCAACGGCGGCCGACGGAAGAAGCGCAAGGGCGCGUUGACAAAUCAGUCGGGCUACUCGAUGACAUCUUCGUCGCUAUUCCGCACUGAACAACUUGGUAUCCUCGACGCUCGCUUCGACAAAAUCGAGGAGCAGUACAAUGCGGAUGAUUUCGAUGAUGACGAAGAUGGUGGGGCCUCCAUGUCUCAGAUCUCGACAGCGUCUAGCGUGACAGGAUCUGUGCGGGGUGAUUUUGAUAACAUCCUAGAUGAUUUCCUGGGAGGUUACUCGAUGCGUGGAAAGAAGCAGAUGAAGAAGGGCAAGUGGAAGAGCGGCACUGCUGAACUCGACGAGAUCAGGCGUGACUUAGGACCGGCUAGGAUCCGUGGUAGAUACGGCCAACCGCAAGCGUCUGGAUUGGCUUCGGCUUCGGCUUCGGCUUCGGCGUCUAGGUAG